AGCAGAGCUAACUGCACGCUCCGUAAAACAUUGUCUGGCCGCUAGGAGCCAGAGCAAAGGGCAGAGGCAGGAACCCUCCCCCGCGGGUUUUUCCUCCUUGCAAAGUGUCCAGGGGCAGCACCUCGAGCCGAGUUCCCUGCUCUGGGGAUGAGGCGCCGGCAGGAGCAGCGGCGCACACCUGGGUAGCCGGCUGCGCCUGGCGCACGCAUGAUUUAGCCGGAGCAGCGGAGGAGGAGGCGGGCAGAGCGAGAGCUGGUGGGGCAGGGCAGGGGAGUCGCUCUCCGCUUCCCUGAGUGGGCGUGUGGGUGGCUGAGGAGGAGCAGCCACUGCUCCAUGGAGGCGAAAAGUGGAAGUGAGGCGAGCUAAGCAGCCCAGCCGGCCGAGUGCCUGAGCGGCUCUGGCUCACCAUGGAUUGCAGCCUCAUCCGCACGCUCAUCAACAGAUAUUGUGCUGGGGAAGAGAAUUGGGUGGACAAUCGGACUAUUUAUGUUGGGCAUCGUGAACCUCCUUCAGGCACUGAAGCAUACAUUCCACAAAGGUAUCCAGAUAACAGGAUAGUCUCAUCAAAGUACACAUUUUGGAACUUUGUACCGAAGAACUUGUUUGAGCAGUUCAGAAGGAUAGCUAACUUUUAUUUUCUCAUCAUUUUUCUUGUUCAGUUAAUUAUUGAUACACCAACCAGUCCAGUAACAAGUGGACUUCCGCUUUUCUUUGUCAUCACUGUAACAGCUAUCAAACAGGGUUAUGAAGAUUGGCUUCGACAUAAAGCAGACAAUGCAAUGAACCAAUGCCCUGUUCAUUUCAUUCAGCAUGGCAAACUGGUUAGAAAGCAAAGCCGAAAAUUAAGAGUUGGAGACAUUGUGAUGGUAAAAGAAGAUGAAACAUUCCCAUGUGACUUAAUAUUUCUGUCAAGCAGCAGAGGGGAUGGAACAUGUUUUGUUACAACAGCUAGUUUGGAUGGUGAAUCUAGUCAUAAAACUUACUAUGCUGUUCAAGAUACCAAGGCAUUUCAUAAUGAACAAGAUAUCGAUGCACUGCAUGCUACCAUUGAAUGUGAACAACCUCAGCCUGACCUUUAUAAAUUUGUUGGUCGAAUAAAUGUUUACCAUGAUAGGAAUGAACCUACUGCAAGGCCAUUAGGAUCUGAAAAUCUGCUUCUUAGAGGAGCUACUUUAAAGAACACACAGAGAAUCUUCGGUGUUGCUAUAUACACUGGCAUGGAAACUAAGAUGGCAUUAAAUUACCAGUCAAAAUCACAGAAACGAUCUGCUGUUGAAAAAUCAAUGAAUGUAUUCCUUAUUGUAUACCUCUGUAUUCUAAUCAGUAAAGCACUAAUAAAUACUGCCCUGAAGUAUGUUUGGCAGAGUGAUCCAUUUCGUGAUGAACCGUGGUAUAAUCAGAAAACAGAGUCAGAAAGGAAAAGAAACCUGAUACUUAGAGCAUUUACAGACUUCCUUGCGUUCAUGGUUCUUUUCAACUACAUUAUUCCUGUAUCAAUGUAUGUCACAGUGGAAAUGCAGAAGUUUCUUGGUUCUUAUUUCCUCACUUGGGAUGAAGAAAUGUUUGAUGAGGACACAGGUGAAGGACCUCUGGUGAAUACUUCUGACCUCAAUGAGGAAUUAGGACAGGUUGAGUAUGUCUUCACAGAUAAAACGGGAACAUUAACUGAGAACAAUAUGGAAUUCAUAGAAUGCUGCAUUGAAGGGCAUGUUUAUAUACCUCAUGUCAUCUGUAAUGGGCAAAUCCUCCAUGAUUGUACAGGCAUUGAUAUGAUCGACUCUUCUCCAGGAGGAAGCGGGAAAGAGAGAGAGGAGCUAUUUUUUCGGGCUCUUUGUCUUUGUCACACUGUUCAAGCGAAAGAGGAUGACAAUAUAGAUGGAUUAAAGAAAGCCCAAUUGUCUGGAAGAUCUUGUGUGUAUAUAUCAUCAUCACCUGAUGAAGUUGCUUUAGUUGAAGGAAUACAGAGGCUUGGUUACACAUAUUUAAGGCUGAAGGACAACUUUAUGGAAAUUUUAAAUCCAAAAAAUGAUAUUGAGAGGUUUGAAUUGUUAGAGAUGUUGAGUUUUGAUUCUGUAAGGAGGCGAAUGAGUGUGAUUGUCCGAUCAGUGGCAGGUGAUAUUUUUCUGUUUUGUAAGGGAGCAGAUUCAUCUAUAUUUCCUAGAGUUACAGAAGGCAAAAUAGACCAAAUACGAUCAAGAGUUGAGCGCAAUGCAGUGGAGGGACUGAGAACAUUGUGUGUUGCAUAUAAAAAGUUCACACGCAAAGAGUAUGAUAGUGUGUGCAAGCUGCUUCAAAAUGCAAAGCUAGCCCUUCAUGAUCGGGAAAAGAAACUGGCAGAGGCAUAUGAGCAGAUAGAGAAAGAUCUUAUUUUGCUUGGUGCUACAGCUGUUGAGGACCAGCUGCAAGAAAAAGCUGCUGACACGAUUGAAGCACUCCAGAAAGCUGGCAUUAAAGUUUGGGUUCUGACUGGAGACAAAAUGGAGACUGCUGCUGCCACAUGCUAUGCCUGCAAACUCUUCAGAAGAAACACACAGCUACUGGAGCUAACCACAAAGAAAAUUGAGGAACAGAGUUUACAUGAUGUAUUGUUUGACCUAAGCAAAACUGUUCUAAAGCACAGUGGCAGCUUAACCAGGGACAACUUCUCCGGACUUUCAACUGAUAUGCAAGAUUAUGGUUUAAUUAUUGAUGGAGCAGCAUUAUCAUUAAUAAUGAAACCUAGAGAAGAUGGGAGCUCUGGUAACUAUAGAGAGCGCUUUCUUGAAAUUUGCAGGAACUGCAGUGCAGUGUUAUGCUGUCGAAUGGCACCUUUGCAAAAAGCACAGAUCGUAAAAUUGAUUAAAUUAUCAAAGGAACACCCUAUCACAUUAGCAAUUGGUGAUGGAGCAAAUGAUGUCAGUAUGAUUCUAGAAGCACACGUUGGUAUAGGAAUCACUGGAAAAGAAGGCCGUCAAGCUGCAAGAAAUAGUGACUAUGCAAUACCUAAAUUUAAACAUUUGAAAAAAAUGUUGCUUGUUCAUGGGCAUUUUUAUUAUGUUAGAAUAUCAGAGCUUGUGCAAUACUUCUUUUAUAAGAAUGUCUGCUUCAUUUUUCCUCAGUUUUUAUACCAGUUCUUCUGUGGGUUUUCACAACAGCCUUUAUAUGAUACUGCGUAUCUAACACUGUACAAUAUCAGCUUCACAUCUCUUCCUAUCCUCUUGUACAGUCUAAUGGAACAACAUGUCAGUACAGAGAUGCUCAAGAGAGAACCUUCACUGUACAGGGAUAUUACCAAGAAUGCUCUUCUGCGCUGGCGUGUAUUUAUUUAUUGGACAUUCUUGGGACUGUUUGAUGCUGUGGUAUUUUUUUUUGGUGCCUAUUUCUUGUUUGACAACACAACUGUGACCAGCAAUGGACAGAUGUUUGGAAACUGGACCUUUGGAACACUGGUGUUUACUGUGCUAGUAUUUACAGUUACAUUGAAGCUUGCACUAGAUACACACUACUGGACAUGGAUAAACCACUUUGUGAUCUGGGGAUCGCUGCUGUUCUACAUUAUCUUUUCCCUCCUCUGGGGAGGAAUUAUCUGGCCUUUUCUCAAUUAUCAGAGGAUGUACUAUGUUUUCAUGCAGAUGCUGUCUAGUGGUCCUGCAUGGCUGGGUAUCAUUUUGCUCAUAACUGUCAGCCUUCUUCCAGAUGUACUCAAAAAGGUUUUAUGCAGACAGUUGUGGCCCACAGCAACAGAAAGAACCCAGAUUAUGUCCAGGCACUGUUCGGACCACAUUUCAGAAUUCGCACCUCCUGCCUCUCUGAAGAACCCAAAAUAUAGGAGCAAUUCCCCAGCCAGGAGGUCUAAUUCUCAUUCUAAAAAAAGGAUGUUUACGCACUGGAGAGGCAAUGAUUAUUCAAUACUUCCAUCUAUCUUUGGCUAUUCAAAUAACCGUUGCAAUUCCAGUGCAAAAUACUGCUACAGUAGGUCAGGUUUGGAAACAUCCGUAUGACAGAUCACCAAUUCAAGCCUUUAAGAACUGCAUUUUUCUUUCUUUUUUGCAAAAACAGGAAACAUGUCACAGAACUGUACUAAAAUACACUUGGCUUUUCCUGUCUGAAAUAAUGUUCAGACAAAUAGGAUCAAGAGCUAUAAGUAUGAAUCUUUCCAGGCCUGUUGGCCCCUUUUUUAUGUUUUGAACUGCUGCAGCAAUGAACAAUCCGCACAGUCUGGUACUGUGAGACUGAUAACACUAGAAAUUCUCUUCAUGCUGUGUCAAGACGUUUGUGCGUUUGUUGCUUCUGUUGUCAUUAGUCAUUUUCUGUAUUAGUUGAAGUGUAUAGUUUUAGUCAGUGACCUACAUUUUGAGAUCGACAGUUUCAAUUUUCAGCCAGAAGCAAUGACCUCAGAUAACUCCAGUGAAAGUCACUUAAAGAAUAUUUAACAAGUGCUGCUUCUGAUUUUCCUCUGUACUUUUUUCUUUCUUUGCUCUUUCUGUAGAACAAACUGGUGUUUCCUCUGUGCAAAUCUGCUUUCAAGAAACACUCUCUACUAUUCACUUCCUUGUAAGUGGCCAAAUCAGGGCUAGUAUGGUUUUAAGGUAGUUUCCCCUGUAGAAAGGUAGACAAAAUACAUUUUGCUUAGACUAGAUACACACCAUAUGGAGUCAAGCUGGCUGUCAAAUACAUAAAACCAUCAUUAUUGAUAUUUACUCAGUUACUGAAUUUAAGAAUUUAGCCUAAAAUAUCUGAAUUUAAGAAUAAAUUAACCAGUGUUCCUAUCACCUAGCUACCUCUCUGGAAAAGUGUAUGUGCAUGAUUCUAAAGUAUACAUAUUAGAAAGUAUUGGUGGGUUAAGCUUUUUCCUGUCAAUGAUAGGAAAUAGUUGUUCAUAACCAAUCUUUUAUGCUACUCAAAUAGGAUUUUUUUAAUAUCUCCAUUUUUUGGUCUUUGAUUCUUAUUUUAACUUAAUGGCUAAUGGAUCCACUAUAUGUAUCUCAUUAUGAAGAAGCCAGUAUACGUUUGUUAGUCUUUUGAGACAUAACCACUAGAUGGCAUGUAUCUAUUACUAUCAGGCUGGCUCCAGCAUUUCUGUCGCCCCAAGCAAAAAAAAAAAAAAAA